AAACAUUUGAAACUGCAUUUUGAUCAGGCGGUACCCCUGGUACUCCGUAGAAAUGUAUUUCAUCAUUUGCGGCAAAGGCGGUGUGGGCAAAUUCGCCGGGAACUUUUUGUUAUCAUUCUCAUCGGUGCCAUAUAAUUCAUAACUAACAAUCCUAUUCACGCCGAAUACUAAGCUUGCAAAGGAUGCCCCAAACUCGCCAAGUGCCGUCGCCUGCAGCAUCAAACUCUCAAGUCCUCCAAGUCCCUGAUGAUCAAUCUGCAAUCCGCAUCUCAGGCACAUUGAGGCUGAGGGGGGAUGAUUCAAAUUCCUCAAAUAUCAACACCGGAAACACUCCAAAUCGUCAUAUCAGAUGGGGCCAAGAUGUUGUUGACAACGAAGGAAUGGGCAAGAAGAGUUCCAAAGUGUGCUGUAUAUAUCAUAAACCUCGACCUGUCGGUGAGAGCAGCUCAGAAUCAGAGUCCUCUGAUUCCGAUUCCGAUAGCGAUAGCGAGGCAGAUCGCCAUCAAAACAGACAAAAUCGUUCACAACAUCAUCUGGGUCACAGGGAGAGCUCACAUCACCAGCACUCAUCUCAAGAAGACUCAGAAAAAGGUCAUACAGCCUGUUGUACAAAACAUCAUGGCAAGCAAGGAAAGCAGAAAAAGCCAAGCCCAAAUGCUUAUGAGAGAAUGCCAAAACUAUCAAAAGGCAUCACAAGUCACAAGGCGCAUAAAUAAUUAUGGAUCAAAUUCCAAGUCUCUUUAGACAUAGGAAGAGAUUAGUCAAUCCGCUUUUUUUUUUCAAGGCUCUUGAGAGCUGCUAUUGCACAUUUGAUAAGGUAGACAUGUGCAUUCAGUAUGACAUUAUUGAGUCAGUCAAUCAAUUUCCAUCCUAUCAAAGUGGAUAGAAACCCUUCAAUAUGCCAUCAGUCUAUGUGAGAUGCA